AUGGUUGAUUAUACGGAUUUGACAGUAUCAAAUAAGGAAGAAAACAAGUUUUAUAAAAUCGGAAAUUGUGCUUUAAAAUUUUCUGUUAAAAGCAAAGGAGGUGUUGCUAUUGGGCUAGCAAGCUGUCCUGCAGAUGAUACUAUUCAUUGGAUCGUAAUUGGUAACCGAUUUUCCUGGAUUGUUCAAACUAAUAAAAUCAAAACGCCAGGUAUUCUAUCAGAACAUGAAUACCGACCUUUUUGGGUUAGUUGGUAUAACAAUCAAAUAAGACUUGGUGUGGGCGGUUCAUCUACACCUAUAGCGGAGACAACCAAGUUUAAAGAUAUUAAAUAUUUAACAUUUUCCACAUUCAAACGAAACAUAGUGAAAUUUAAAUUGCAAUUGCCUCUUGAUUUGCCCGAUCCUGUGUAUAAGGAGAUAGAUACUGGCAAACUCAAGUGGGUUAAGAUGACUAAUGGUGUCUUGCCAGAAGGUGCUUUAAUUGGAGGUUUUGAAAAUGAAAUUCUAUAUAUAAUGAGAGUUAUGCAUGAGAGUGCAUUGACACCCGGGAAGUAUGUACCUUCGGAGAAGGCUGGAUUUGUGGCCUGGGGAUAUCGGUCACACCGAAAAACUGAAGACAUAGAGAUACUUUGUGGAUAUGACGGAAUUUGGAAGUUGUUGCGACCUACUAUUAAAAAAAUGUCCUUGCCGGGUGCAGUACAAGGUGGUUACAAGUUAGUUCAAUCUGUGUCCGGGAUAAACCAGGAGCCACUCUUCGUGUGCCGAGCUUUAGAUACCACCGGUGUGAUUCCUGGUUCACUGAAAACACUAACCAAGUUUUGCGACUACGCCUCUGAGGAGAAAUCUCAAUGGAGCUCGACAUACGAAAUUUUGACCGUUCUCAACCCAGAGGAAUAA